AUGAGUUUCAAUUCUCAAGCAGAUAAGAAAGCACCAGUACCGAAUAAUAAUGCUCAAAAAGUUUCUCUGUUGGGUGGAUUCAUUGCCGGCGGUGUGGCGGCAUGUGGGGCAGUGACAUUUACCAACCCCAUUGAGUUGAUCAAGACGCGAAUGCAGCUCCAAGGCGAAUUGUCGAAAACAAAAAAGGGACAAACCAGGCUUUACAGGAACCCGUUUCAAGCGUUCAAAGUCAUUUACCAGCACGAGGGAAUCCGCGGUUUGCAGCAAGGGCUUGUAUGUGGAUACUACUACCAACUCGGGUUGAAUGGUUGCAGAAUCGGCCUCUAUGAACCAAGCCGAUACUACAUCACAAGGGUCUUGAUGCCGUCGAAAAUAGUCAACGGCAGAGCACAGGAAAACUUGUUGAUCAAUGUCCUAGCAGGGUUUACUUCGGGGGCAGCGGGCGCCGUGCUUGCAUCGCCGUUUUUCUUGAUCAAAACACGAAUGCAAUCAUUUUCCAAAACAGGCGCCGUGGGCCAGCAAACUCACUAUACAGGAACAUGGGAUGGAAUCCGACAAAUUUACAAACACGAAGGGUUGCGCGGGCUAUAUCGUGGUGUCGAUGCAGCUGUACUUCGUACUGGUGCUGGGUCGUCGGCCCAGUUGCCAGUGUACUACUUGACGAAAAACUUUGCCUUGAAGCACCAUUUGGCGCGGGACAACAGCUUUUUGUUGCAUUUCAUAAGCGCUUCGAUGGCAGGGUUGGGCGUUGCCAUUGUGAUGAACCCUUGGGACGUUGUGUUGACCAGAAUGUACAACCAAAAGGGCAACCUAUACAAGAGUCCCUUGGACUGUUUCAAAAAGAUUAUUUCCAUCGAAGGACCCAUGGCCUUGUAUAAAGGUUUCUGGGCCCAGUUGUUUCGAGUUGGUCCUCACAGCAUAUUGACAUUGAUGUUUAUGGAACAGUGUAUGAAGGCUAUGGUUGAGAUUGAAAGUAAACUCAAGAGAUUCCAAUGA